AUGCCCGGCUUCUACGUCAUGUCUUCUCCAUGGAAGCAGCAGCCCGAAGAGGUGGCAGACAAGGUGUUGAAGAGGGUAGAAGUCAGCAAGAUAGCCCGAAGGCUGCAGAAUCGACUUGCGCUGGCGCAAUUCAAGACCAAGCAUGGUUGGGAGGACCUGACUCUCGACACUAUCGAACCCAAGUAUGAAGAGGAAAUGCGACGGAGGAGGUUGUGCGAGGGCGACGUCCUCUCCGACUCAUCGUCCAGCGCCUCAGACCUUCCAUAUCCCACAAGGACCCUUAUGAGCUCUCCGUUGAAAGCUCCUCUGUUCUCCGAUGCCAUCGGCUCGAGCAACGGAAGCACCGGUCACCGCAAGCGAACGUACAUGGCCUCAUUCGACUAUCCUUCGUCCAGCCCGAGCAAGCGGUACCGAUCUUCUCCGACUCCGAUGAAAUCUUUGCAUAAUCCUACGUCGUGGAAGGAGAGCCAUCGGCUAGCACAAUCAUCGCCGAUCAAGCCCAGAAGGCAGCAGCACUUCACUACGUCUACCGGCCCCGAUGUCUCAUUCUUUCAAGGAGCUCGAAAGCUGGCAGAUGAUCUGGUAUCGCCCAACUUUGCGGCAAACUCGGACGACGAAGAUGAUCUAUUGCCCGCGCAGUCGUUCAGGGCUACCAACAUUCGUUCUUCGCCCCCGACAACGCCACCGAUGCGCAAUCGUGUGAUCCCCAACCGUCGCAACAGAGAGAGGGGCGCAAAUGCUGAGCCACCCGUCAAAUCUGGAGAAGAGGGCGCUGACCUCUUGCUGUACCUGGCUGCUUCUCCGUCACCCGCUGUGCCAUCGGCCAAGACCAGAAUAAUACCCCCCUCGACGCCGCCGUCCAAGGUAGGCCGCGAUAUGACACUUCCCUCAUCCCACAUGACCACACCUGGCGGGGGUAACAUGUUCCCCAACACGCCAGGGCAAGGCUUUGACUUUGCAGAGUUUGUCAACAUCACACCGAGCCCCGCGCAAAAGGCUUGGAAGACGCCUGUUGCUAUCUCAUCAGCAAGGACCCCCGUUAGUCUGGCAAGAAGGCGAUUGACGUUUGACGAGCCAUUGGCUUAA